AUGGUGACGGAUAAUCAAACUGUGGUGUGUCUGUGCGAUGAGACGGUUCUCACUCAGCAACAGAGAAACAGGCUGCUGAUGUGCUUGGCGGGGGCUGCGGGAUGGCUCCUAACAUCUCUCCUCCCUUCCCACCCUUAUCCUGCCCCAGCUGGCACAAAGCAGCAUCAGUGUGACACAGAAUUGAGGAAGGAGAUUUCCUCUGUGUGGGCCAAUCUGCCCCAGAAGACCCUGGAUUUACUGGUGCCACCCCAUCAACCCAAUGAGAUGACAGUGGGGAAAGUGUAUGCAGCUCUGAUGAUAUUCGACUUCUACAAACAGAACAAAACCACCAGAGACCAGAUUCACCAAGCUCCCGGAGGCCUGUCCCAGAUGGGCCCCGUGUCCCUGUUCCACCCUCUGAAGGCCACGCUGGAGCAGACACAGCAGGCCGUGCUCUGCGGAGCCCGGGUUUUCCUUUGGCAGAAGAGCUCGGCCUCCCUCAGCAAUGGUGGGGCAGUACAUACCCAAGAGGGUGGCAUCAAGGAGUCGGUCUCCUGGGGCACUCGGAGGACCCAGGAGGUGCCCUGCGAGGUGACGAUGCCCCUGGAGCAUGGCCACUCCACGGAGAUCCCAGUGGUGCAGACAGGAGCCCAGGCUGUGGAUGUCCAGAUGCACAGCAUGGCCCUGAGAGGCCCUGACGGGGAGCCCCAACCCGGGCUGGAGAGCCAGGGCCGAGCGGCCUGGCAGCCCCUGGCAGCGGAGACUCAGCCUGCCCCAGACGCCAGCCCCAUGAAGCGCUCCGUCUCCACUCUGGCGCCACAGCGCCCCCCCGUGGCUCGUCUCUGCAACGCCGCCCUGGACCGCGCUCCAGCCAGCCAGGCCGCCCCCCACCAUCACCACCGCUGCCAUCGCCGCAGGGACAGGAAGCCGAGGUCCCUGGAGAAGGGGCCCAGCCUGUCCGCAGACACAGGUGCACCCAACAGCGCCGCGGGGCCAGGGCCGCCCCCGGGGGACGGGCCAGCAGGCUGCCGGCGGGAGCGCAGGCAGGAGCGAGGCCGGUCCCAGGAGCGAAGGCAGCCCUCCUCCUCCUCCUCCUCCGAGAAGCAGCGCUUCUACUCCUGCGACCGCUUUGGGGGCCGUGAGCCGCCCCAGCCCCAGCCCCCCCUCAGCAGUCACCCCGCGUCGCCAACCGCUGGGCAGGAGCCAGGACCCCCGAGACAGGGCAGUACUUCAGCGAACGGGAGCCCCCUGCUGCCAACAUCUGGUGCUAGCACCCCUGGCCGCGGCGGGCGGAGGCAGCUGCCCCAGACCCCGCUGACCCCCCGUCCCAGCAUCACCUAUAAGACGGCCAACUCCUCGCCCGUCCACUUUGCUGGGGCUCAGACCAGCCUCCCUGCCUUCUCCCCCGGCCGGCUUAGCCGUGGCCUUUCAGAACACAACGCCCUGCUCCAAAGAGACCCCCUCAGCCAGCCCCUGGCCCCCAGCUCUCGGAUCGGCUCCAACCCGUACCAGGGGCAGCGUCUGGACAGCGAGGCUGCUGCCCGCACGCAGCCUGAGGACACGCUCACCUUCGAGGAGGCCGUGGCCACCAACUCGGGCCGCUCGUCCCGGACUUCCUACGUGUCCUCCCUGACCUCCCAGUCGCACCCCCUCCGCCGGGUGCCCAACGGCUACCACUGCACUCUGAGGCUCAGCUCUGGCGGGGGCGGCCGCGGGCGGCACAGCUACCACCACCCCGACCAAGACCACUGGUGCUAGCCGCACCGCGACCGGCGGGCGCGUCCCAGGUGAUGAGUUUUAUCAUCCGCGCUGGGCUCCGGGGCGCUCGGGCGCUGAGGCGGGGGCAGCAGCCCUGGGAGGAGAGCCUCGCCCCUGUGUCUCCUCCCUCGCGCUGGGCGGAGCGGUCUGUAGAGGGCUGUGGCUCCCUCUCUACCCCUCCCGCGCUGCCUCCCUGGGUCUCAGAGCUCAGAGCCUACCCAGGACGCGGCUGUGUGUGCUGAGCCGCACUGGGUGAAGGGCCCAGCAUCCGAGGUGUGUGCUGGGGACGUUUUGCAGGAGGGCUGGAUCUUGUGCGGAUCAUCCUUCAUCCAAACGUGCGGUGCAGAGGAGCGGGCGAGACCUCAGGCCAGAGUCGGUGGUAAACCGAGCAGGUCUCGUCAGCCCCCGCGCACCGGCAGUCCGGUGGCGCCCUUCGCACCUAAAAUGGCAAAUAGGCGCUAGAAACACACGCAGAUGCUCUGUCCUCCCAGACACGGUCAGCCCUGACGGGGACCAAAUCUGGACCACGUUCUUGCUGUUGGUUUUGAUUUUUAGUCACGACACCCUUCACUCGUUUGUUGACUCUAUAUACUUGAUCAGAAAAUAAAAAUAAAAAACCAGAAUAACGGGGAAGGGAAUGUUAACAUGACUGUGAAACAUCAAACCUAUAGGAGGAUCUCAGCCUCUCAGGAUGUGUGUUCUCGGCUUGCUCGAGGAGAUGCUCUGUGUCCAGUCCAGGCGGCCAACCAGACCACCCCGGCUCCCGCGGCUCUCGACCAAGUGCCUGACCUCCUAGCCCCUCGCGCAGGCUCCCGGGGCCGGGACGGGAGGCCUGUGUGAACUGCGAGUGGGCUUUGUGGAAACUACUCCAAAGAGCAAAUGAGUAGAAAGCGGAUGUAAUGGAGAACGUGCAGCAAACAUCCAGUAGGUCCGUCGUAGUUGGAAUGCAGCGGCCGUUUGCCCUUUUUCCUCGAAGCAGUAGAGGCUGCAGGGCACGGGUAGCACGGCCCGCGUGGGCGGGUCAGUCUUUCUACACGCGAUUCUCAGGGACAGGGUGCCUGACAGGCAGGGCGCAAUCUCUGUAGUUGUGCAAAUUUCUUUUCACAGAAGGCUCAUCGGG